AUGGAUAUCUUGAAACCGCUCAAGACUGCUACAAAGCGCCUUAAAGGGCGUGGCAAAAGCGGCAGCUUUAGGGCUAUUGCUGAGAUAAUUCCAAUAUUCGAAUACCUCCUUACCUACUACGAGCAGCGCGUCAACGCGUACGAGGCGAAGGCCGAUGACUACUACUCUAAGCUAGACAACUCGCCCGCGUACUACGCUGCUACAAUACUCUAUCCGAUGUACAAGUACUACUGCGAUAAGGCGUGGGCUAGGAAGUUCGACUGGCUCGAGGCUAGCAACGCUAGCUUUUAG